GAGCGCACACUGCUCAUGCCCGUUCCCUCAGACUUUCGGCCGUGCUGGCGACACGGCCGAAACAUGUUCGCCGCGACAUUGCCAGCUUGUUAUUACCUCUGAGAUGUUUAUUACAUGUUGAGCUUUAUCGUUGCUUUAUAUAUCGAGAUGUAGUCUAUUGAAAUUGCCGUAAAGGCAGUGUCCGUCGUUCCGUGAACAGCUAAAAGAAAGGCCUCACCAUUGCGAACAUAAUCCCUAUUAUGAUGUUGGGGCGGAAGCAGAGCCUCAAGGGGGAACCCGUCCUGGCCGAUUACGGUCCAGAGGAGUCCCUCAAUGAGAGCGCUGACAUAGAGUGGGUCAACAAGUUAUGGGUGAGACGGUUGAUGCGAUUUUGCGCCCUAGUCUCGUUGGCUUCCGUUUGCUUGAACACCCCGAAAACCUUCGUGAAAGUACCGUCCCUCCAAUACGUCACCUUCAUUUGCGAUUUGAUAGUCACGUUUCUAUUCACCGCCGAGAUGAUCGCCAAGAUGCACAUACGGGGAAUAUUGAAGAGAGAUAAGUCUUAUUUGAAAGACCACUGGUGCCAGUUCGACGCGAGUAUGGUGAUCUUCCUCUGGCUAUCUGUGAUUCUGCAAAUGUUCGAGAUGCUGGGUUUCCUUAUAAAGUUUAGUUACGCCUCGAUCAUGCGAGCACCACGGCCGCUGAUCAUGAUACGCUUCCUCCGAGUCUUCCUCAAGUUUUCGAUGCCCAAAGCCAGAAUCAAUCAGAUUUUCAAACGCUCGAGUCAGCAGAUCUACAACGUGACGCUUUUUUUUCUGUUCUUCAUGUCCCUUUACGGUCUCUUGGGUGUGCAAUUCUUCGGCGAGCUGAAAAAUCACUGCGUGCUUAACACAACCGAUCCCAAUUACAUUACGAUCAACAGCCUGGCUAUUCCUGACACCUUCUGCUCCACCGAUCCAGAAUCCGGAUAUCAAUGCCCCGAAGGAAUGAUGUGCAUGAAGCUGGAGUUGACCAAGUAUAUUAUAGGCUUCAAUGGAUUUGACGAGUUUGCUACGAGUAUCUUCACCGUGUACCAAGCGGCUUCUCAGGAAGGAUGGGUCUUCAUCAUGUAUCGCGCGAUCGAUAGUCUACCGGCGUGGCGCGCGGUACUUUACUUCAGCACGAUGAUAUUCUUCCUGGCCUGGUUAGUGAAGAACGUUUUCAUUGCCGUCAUCACGGAGACUUUUAACGAAAUCCGAGUACAGUUCCAACAAAUGUGGGGCGUCCGAGGUCACAUUAGUAACAGUUCGGCGUCGCAGAUAUUGACCGGAGACGAUAAUGGUUGGAAAUUAGUGACAUUAGACGAGAAUAAGCACGGGGGCCUAGCCUCCCCGCUCUGUCACACCAUCCUCAAGUCGCCGCACUUUCGCUCGGUGGUAAUGUGCGCAAUUCUGGCGAACGGCAUCACCACCGCGACGAUGAGCUUCAAGCACGACGAGAAACCGAGGCAUACGUAUUACGACAAUUAUUACUGGGCCGAGAUCGUCUUCACGAUAUUGCUGGACUUAGAGACCCUCUUCAAAAUAUGGUGCCUCGGCUUCCGGAGUUACUUUAAGCAUUCGAUUCACAAGUUCGAACUGCUGCUUGCCAUUGGCACGACUAUACACAUUAUUCCGUUCUGCUAUCUCUCUGGAUUCACUUUCUUUCAGGUUCUCAGAAUAGUCCGGCUCAUUAAGGCGUCGCCGAUGUUGGAGGACUUCGUCUACAAGAUUUUCGGCCCCGGCAAGAAGCUCGGCAGUCUCAUUAUUUUUACCAUGUGCCUGCUCGUGAUAUCCUCCAGUAUUUCCAUGCAGCUCUUCUGCUUCCUCUGCGAUUUCACCAAGUUCGAAACCUUCCCCGAAGCGUUUAUGUCAAUGUUCCAAAUUUUCACGCAAGAAGCCUGGGUUGACGUGAUGGAUGAAACUAUGUUACGAACCCACGAAACAGUAGCGCCGCUGGUCGCAGUGUACUUCAUUUUGUACCAUCUCUUCGUCACACUGAUUGUGUUGAGUCUUUUCGUCGCGGUAAUUCUCGACAAUCUCGAGCUGGACGAGGACAUUAAGAAACUGAAGCAAUUGAAAUUCCGCGAACAAAGUGCCGAGAUAAAGGAGAGCUUGCCGUUCAGACUGAGAAUCUUCGAAAAGUUUCCAGACAGUCCACAGAUGACGUGUCUUCACAAAGUGCCGUCAGAUUUCAAUUUACCGAAGGUGCGCGAGAGCUUUAUGCGACAAUUCGUGCUGGAAGUGGAGGACGAGGAGAACGAGGGUGCAAAGAGAACUAACGAAACUUUCGAUUCGAAGAUAGUGUAUAGAAAACAGCGCCCGGUGAAGAUCUUGAACAAUCCGCCGAAGGUGAGAAGCGUCGUUACUAAUCUGAAGAAGGCGUCUGUUAUUUAUAUCAUAAACGAUUCCAACAAUCAGAGACUUCUCUUGGGAGACUCCGCCAUGAUUCCAGUGCCGGGAAAAGGACUUCUGAAACCGCAGGGUACCGUGAGUAGCGCCAAGCAGCUUCGUAUCGAUCCGAAAAAAUCGAUCAGAAGGAGCGUCCGAAGUGGAUCGAUCAAGCUCAAACAGACGUACGAGCAUCUCAUGGAGAACGGUGACAUAGGGGGAAUAAACAGAGUCAGUUCGUCGAGCAGGAGGCCGCACGAUUUGGACAUCAAGUUGCUACAGGCUAAGAGACAACAGGCGGAGAUGCGAAGAAACCAACGCGAAGAUGAUUUGCGAGAGAACCAUCCGUUCUUCGACACGCCGCUGUUCGCGGUGCCCCGCGAAAGUAAAUUCCGGAAAUACUGCCAGCUGUUCGUUUACGCGAGGUACGACGCGAGAUUGAAGGAUCCUUUGACGGGCAAGGAAAGGAAGGUGCAGUACAAGAGUCUGCACAAUUUCCUCGGUUUGGUGACCUACCUCGACUGGGUGAUGAUAUUCAUCACGACGCUGUCGUGCAUCUCGAUGAUGUUCGAGACGUCGCGAAAGCGCGUGAUGGAGACGCCGGCGUUGCAGAUCACCGAAUACUGCUUCGUCAUUUGCAUGAGCAUCGAACUUGCGCUGAAGAUCCUGGCGGACGGUCUGUUCUUCACACCCAAGGCCUACAUCAAAGACGUCGCCUCUGUCUUGGACGUCUUCAUUUACAUUGUAAGCCUCAUAUUCUUAUGCUGGAUGCCGAAAAGCGUGCCGCCGAAUUCUGGAGCGCAGCUGCUGAUGAUAUUACGGUGCGUCAGACCGCUAAGAAUUUUCACCCUCGUACCGCACAUGAGGAAGGUCGUUUACGAGCUGUGCAGAGGAUUCAAGGAAAUUUUGCUGGUAUCGACGUUGCUGUUCCUGCUGAUGUUCAUGUUCGCGAGUUACGGAGUGCAGCUGUACGGCGGUCGCUUGGCGAGAUGCAACGAUCCCACGAUCUUGAAGCGCGAGGAAUGCGUCGGUGUAUUUAUGAGAAGAGUGUUCGUGACGAAGAUGAAACUGCGGCCGGGGGAGAACGAGAGUUAUCCGUCCAUACUGGUACCGCGCGUUUGGGCUAAUCCUAAAAGAUUCAACUUCGAUAAUAUUGGCGACGCUAUGAUGGCUCUGUUUGAAGUACUCUCUUUCAAAGGCUGGCUUGACGUGCGGGACGUUCUUAUUAAGGCUCUCGGUCCCGCCCACGCGAUCUACAUACACGUUUAUAUUUUCCUCGGUUGCAUGAUCGGUUUGACAUUGUUCGUGGGUGUCGUGAUCGCGAAUUACUCCGAGAACAAAGGCACCGCCUUGCUCACGGUCGACCAGAGACGAUGGUGUGACUUGAAGAAACGUCUGAAGAUCGCCCAGCCGUUGCACUUACCGCCCAGGCCGGACGGCAGGAAGUUCCGGGCUUUCAUCUACGACAUCACGCAGAACAUUUAUUUCAAAAGGUUCAUCGCCGUCAUGGUGCUCGUGAACAGCGCUCUGUUGUGCGUUUCCUGGAGACUCGAAGAGGAACACACGGAAGCUCUGGCUACUGUCUCGACUAUUCUGACACUGGUCUUCCUCGUGGAGGUAAUCAUGAAAAUCAUCGCUUUUACACCACGCGGCUAUUGGCAGUCCAGAAGGAACAGAUACGAUUUGCUCGUGACAGUCGUGGGCGUUAUCUGGAUUAUCAUACACUGCACAAUGCAGAAUGAUCUGUCCUACGUGAUUGGAUUUAUGGUCGUGAUCCUGAGAUUCUUCACCAUCACCGGCAAGCACACCACUCUCAAGAUGCUAAUGUUGACGGUCGGCGUGUCCGUCUGCAAGAGCUUCUUCAUCAUAUUCGGCAUGUUUCUCCUUGUCUUCUUCUACGCGUUAGCCGGCACCAUAAUCUUCGGCACGGUGAAGUACGGAGAAGGCAUAGGAAGACGCGCUAAUUUCGAGUCACCGGUUACCGGCGUGGCGAUGCUCUUUCGCAUAGUGACGGGGGAGGAUUGGAACAAAAUUAUGCACGACUGCAUGAUACAGCCACCCUAUUGCACGCCGGCGGAUAAUUACUGGGAAACGGACUGCGGCAAUUUCCACGCUUCUCUAAUUUACUUUUGCACCUUUUACGUCAUCAUCACUUACAUCGUCUUGAAUCUUUUAGUGGCUAUUAUAAUGGAGAACUUUUCUCUAUUCUAUUCAAAUGAAGAGGAUGCGUUGUUAUCGUACGCCGACAUAAGAAACUUCCAGAACACGUGGAACGUCGUUGAUAACCACCAGAAAGGUGUUAUACCGGUGAAGCGGGUGAAGUUUAUCUUGCGGUUGUUGAAGGGCAGAUUGGAGACCGAUCCGCAAAAGGAUCGCCUGCUCUUCAAGUACAUGUGCUACGAACUGGAACGAUUGCACAAUGGCGAAGACGUUACCUUUCACGACGUUAUUAAUAUGUUAUCGUACCGUUCAGUGGACAUAAGGAAAGCACUCCAGUUGGAGGAACUUCUUGCACGGGAAGAAUUCGAGUAUAUAAUCGAGGAGGAAGUGGCUAAGCAAACCAUCAGAACUUGGUUACAGGGCUGCCUGAAGAAGAUACGAGCGAAACAAAACAAUCUCAUUGCCGGGCUUCGCGCCACAAAUAACGCGGCUGUGCCGCCUCAAGAUGUAGAGAAGAGCAAAGAGGAGAAAGGCAAGGAAGUCAGCGUCGAUCGUGAGGAAGAGAUUGAAACGAAGGAUGUCGAAGCCCCAAAAUACAGAAAGAAACCGAUUGUGCUUCCAAGAUCAGACAGUAUAGGAAGUGCUUCGGGAAGGAAGUAUCUGGCACCGACUUUAUCGGAUCCUGCAUCCGUUCGAUCUGAAAAAGAUAAGAUCGCGGCGUCGAAAAAGAGGAAUAGCAGACCGCCAUGUAAGCCGAGAAGUGAUCGCUUGGCUUUCGUACAAUCAAUGGUGAAAAAUAAUUUGCACCACCACCUGACGGAAAAUACGGAGCAAAGCAGGCAGCAGAGGGAGACGUUGAGCAACAAGGCAGCCGCGCCUAAAGUUUCCAGCGUCAUGCUGGAGGUACGAGAAUGGUGGAAGGAGCAGUUAGCUUACAGCAGCGAGUCCAGCGAGGACGAGCUGUGAACUUUCCGAGACGGGAGAGUAAACGAUCACGAUCACGUGGCGGAGAUUGUGAGAAGUGAGGGAUUCCUACUUUUAGCAAUUAUAAAAGACGAAUUCUUAGCCUAAGAAUUUUGCAAUCCGAGGAGGGGGAGAUCCAAGGAGUAACGUGGUAUGUGCCUAAUAAUUUUAAUUCACUCGCCCGAGCUCGAGGAACUUUAACGCGUUGAGCUUCGAUCGUAAUUCACCAUCUUCACUGCUGAGAAGUAUAUUAAUAUUUUGCUACGCCCAAGGCAGUGUGCACGAGCUGAAAUGUUGAAAUCUUUCGUUACACGUUCCAUUGAAGCUCGUCGUGUUAGAAGAAUCGAUUUCCUACAUGAGGAGAGGGAGCAUAAUUAUCGAAAUACACACAUAACAUACAUUUCGUAUCGAAUUCGGAACGUCACUGCCGUGUGUCAAACAGAUCGCCCAUACGAAAAAAAAUGAAAUGAAUCCUCGAAGUAUCAGUUUGUUGAAAGAUUUCGAUAUAUGUUUUGAUGAAAGAACUUUUCCGUAUGUCGCGUACUGUCAUUCAUGCAUCACACAUCAGCUAUUUUUUAAGAACCAACGUCUCGAGUUAACUACAAUUGUAUGUAGAAAAUUUUGUACUACACGAAGUUGAUCAUCGCGCGGGUUAAUAGCUAGAGUCGAUUAUGGUGUUAUUAAGGGCAACUGUGAGUACAAUUAGCAUAGGACGCGACUCGUAGAUAUUUUUGUCGUGAAGAAGGUACUGAUUCUGUGUAAAAAAAAAAAAAAGAAACCAGUUAGGAUGUUGCAGAUAUCGUCGAUUCUUUCCUCCUUUACAACAAGAAUACGUCCCGAAGGCCUGUAUACCGUAGAUCUACGCGAUUGAUUUAAUAUUGACAGUUGUAAAAGUUUUUAGCGCGCGCGACCGUUGAUGUUAUAUUAUCUCUGUUAAUUAAUAUACAGUAACGCUGUUACGGGUGUCGCUUUAGUGGAAAAUGGAGGGUUGUGCAAUCAAGAGAGGGGGGG